AAGCAUGCAAUAUGUCAAGCCAUGCAAUGUGUCAAGUUGUACAUUGUAUCCUAUUCCAGUCUUCUAAAGUGUCAUAUUGCCCAAUGAGUCAAGUCAUGCAAUAUGUCAAGUAUCAAACUGUUCUUUCAAUGUGUCAAAUCAUGCAAUGUGACAAGUUCUAUACUGUGUCCUAUUUUUGUUUAUCCAAAGUGUCAAAUUGUCUAAUCUGUUUUUCAAUGUCCAAUCAUGCAAUGUGUCAAGUUGUACAUUGUGUCCUAUUUCUGUUUUUCAAUGUCAAAUCAUGCAAUGUGUCAAGUUGUACAUUGUGUCCUAUUUCUGUUUUUCAAUGUCCAAUCAUGCAAUGUGUCAAGUUGUACAUUGUGUCCUAUUUCUGUUUUUCAAUGUCCAAUCAUGCAAUGUGUCAAACAGUACAUUGUGUCCUAUUUCUGUUUUUCAAUGUCAAAUCAUGCAAUGUGUCAAGUUGUACAUUGUGUCCUAUUUCUGUUUUUCAAUGUCCAAUCAUGCAAUGUGUCAAACAGUACAUUGUGUCCUAUUUCUGUUUUUCAAUGUCAAAUCAUGCAAUGUGUCAAGUUGUACAUUGUGUCCUAUUUCUGUUUUUCAAUGUCCAAUCAUGCAAUGUGUCAAACAGUACAUUGUGUCCUAUUUCUGUUUUUCAAUGUCCAAUCAUGCAAUGUGUCAAGUUGUACAUUGUGUCCUAUUUCUGUUUUUCAAUGUCCACUCAUGCAAUGUGUCAAGUUGUACAUUGUGUCCUAUUUCUGUUUUUCAAUGUCCACUCAUGCAAUGUGUCUUACUUCUGUUCCUCUAAGCUGCAUAUUCUGUUAUCAACAGUCUUGUCUGUGCUGCCAUCUAUAUCCUUGGUACCAUCAUCUUUCUUGCUGCCAUCCUUCACGGGGGUCUUCUGAAAUUUACAUUGAAGUUUUGUUGAAGCCUACUUUAUGAGUCAUUAAAUAACCCCUGAAGACAAAUCUUUUUCCAGUUAUGACUUUUUCAAUGUCACACAAUGAUUAUAGUGCUACAUAACUUUUCAUAGGUGAUAUGGGAGGCAAUGAUAUGUUCAUGAUACUGCAUUCACAGUAUAAGAUACAAGAUACAAGAACACAAAUGUGUACAACAUGUCCCCACCAAUGGGUGAUCCUAUAUACUGCAAAUUUUUCAUCCUGAAUGCCUAACACUAAUCAGUUGAAAAGACAAGAUUUUAAGAGAAAAAUCAGUUCCAAGAUUUUCAUACUAAGAAUCAUCCCUGAAAAAUUGAUCCCUCAAAUGGUUAAC